AGUUGGAGCUGAACCUUAGUAGAGGAUAGAAGUUUAAAACAACAAUUCGAGGAUUUUUUUCUGAAUUCAAACAAGAAACUAAGUCGUAGUGAAUCAGCCAUCAAAUUCAGCAAUGAAGUUACGUGUUCUUCUUAUUUUACUUGCAUCUGUUUUGACAAUGGCUUAUGCAUUUUCUGAGGAUUUUGAUAUCCCAGAUGAAAUUGACGACGAAGAAUUGGACGAAGAUGAAGAAAUCCUGAGAUUGUUAGAAGAGAAACGUAUUUUAGAGGAUUUGAAACGCGAAAAUGAACACGCACGUGAUCUUGCUUCCAAAUAUCAUGCUGAACAUGGGCUAGUACAAGGAACAGACUCAAUUAGAAUGAUUUAUGAUCCUUGCACUAAAAUUCAUUGCGGUGCUGGACGUGUUUGUCAAGUAGAAGACUUUUCAGCACACUGUGUAUGCAUCCCUGAAUGCCCUGAAGAAACUGACCCACGCAGAAAAGUUUGUACCAAUCGUAAUGAGACGUGGGGAAGUGAUUGCGAAGUUCAUCGUCAGCGUUGUCUUUGUGAUACAAAAGACGAUCGUUGUUCAAAUUCGAAAAACUCACAUAUUCAUAUCGAUUACUAUGGAGAAUGUAAACAAUUACAGAUUUGUACUGAAGAAGAAAUGAUUGAUUUCCCGCGUCGAAUGAGAGAAUGGUUGUUUCAUGUUAUGAAAGAACUCGUUGGUCGUCAAGAAUUGAACAAAGAAUUGGUAGAAAAAUUAACUUCUAAAUAUGAAACUGAAUUGAAUAAAAAGUGGGCUAGAGCUGCUGUUUGGAAAUUCUGUGAUUUAGAUGCUACUCAUGAUCGUUCUGUAUCUCGUCAUGAACUUUUCCCAAUUCGAGCUCCAUUGAUAAGUCUUGAACAUUGCAUUUCACCAUUCUUGGAAAGCUGUGAUGCCGAUAAUGAUCACCGUAUUACUUUGAAAGAAUGGGGCAAGUGCUUGGGAUUAGAAGAUGGAGACCUUGAAGAUCGCUGCGAGGAAAUCUUCAAAUCCAAAGAUAACAACAUAUAAUCAAAUUAAAAUUUUCAUAUGGUAUCGGAUACCAUUUCUCUACUGGAAGAUUCUAAUUACCUACUAAUAUUCAUAAUUAAUCAUGAUACAUGUAACGAAUUUUUGCAGUAAUAAUAAAGAAUAUAAAUGAUUGAUGCAAUCAUGAAAUAAUCAACAAGU